GAGAUUUUCACUUUAAUGGCUGCCUCAUUUGUAAGGGAGGUGUUAAAUCUUGUUCUAGUAGGAUUUGUUGGCGGUGGGAAAACUAGCACAGCUAACACCAUCUUAGGUAGAAAAGAAUUCGUAAUAUCGCCCACCUCUAAGGUAUCGAGCGCUCAGGGCUACCGACUGGGUACCGAUUUCAACCUCGUAGACACACCAGGCCUGCAGACGACCAAGGAUAUUGACCAUCUACGUCAAAAUAUAACGACACGGGAUGGAAUUCACAUUUGUUUUCUUGUGGUCAUCAAGCUCACUCGUUUCACGGACGAAGAGAGCUUUACUCUCAGUGAAAUGUUUCGGCGAAAUCCCGCCAUGCUUGGAAGAACAGUGGUUGUUUUCACGAGUAUGCGCGAAAUUGAGAACAGAGAUACCAUUGCUGAUAGAGCAAUAGAAAGAUACGUGAAGAGAAACUACACGCUGCUUUCUUUUCUGAAAAAAUAUGGACUUUCCUAUGUAGGAGUCGAGAACAAAUUUACAAGCGAAAACGAAAAGGACAAACGAGUUAAAGCCAUUUUAGAGGCGACAAAGAAAUACGGAAAAAUAUUGGAAGAUGGAGACAAUGGUAAGGUUCAGAGUAAGACCAAGGAACGCCCAAACUCUGAAAUCAAAGAUCAAAGCAAGACCAAAGAACAUUCAAAGUCUGUACACAGAGUCCUGAGAUCCAUCAAAUCGGAUGAUGGCAAUGGUGCUGAAGAAAGAUCAGAAAUAUCAGAGAAUCUCGAAAGUAACUAUGGUCAGAUGUCGAUCGAUGAUCACGUGUCUAGAAUAGUUCAACAGAAACUGGACAAACUAUUGCCUCUUCUGAAGGAGGAGAUAAAGCAGGAGAUAGGGGUCCAGCUACGGAAGGAAAUCCGAGAGGAAAUGCUACCCAUUGUCAGGGAGCAAAUCAAAAGUGAAAUUUUAGAAGAAUAUGAAUUUACAAACAAUUCAAAAUCGUAGUUUCUAUAGACUAAUGGACGUGAAAAAUGAUACAAACACAUAAUACACAUGCUAUGGCGGCAAUCACGUUCGUGGUUUGGAGAAAGUUUUGUUCUGUGUUGGUCUAAUUUAAUAUAUCAGAAAAUGAAAUA